AUCUAUAGUCUUCAACACAGUAGCCAUGAAUGAACCUGAUUCACUGUACUAAUAUGGGUCCUGUUAAUGAACUGUCAACGACAAACAGUACUAGAGGGCUUACUCAUUGUGCCAUAAGCUUUGUUCAAAGAGAGUACAAAAGUCCACUUCGUUGCCUCGUACUAGAUUUGUCUUUUUUUUUUUACUUUUAUUCGUAUAAUACCUUUCACUCACUGUUCAUUGUGUAUGAAGCUGAGAUAUAUACUUUCCUCUAAACGCAAGUCUUUCUUUUAAGAAUGCUACUUGGUUCUGAGAAUCAAUCAUUUCAUUUUACUGUCCCAUGAACGCGACUUGGUCUGAGAAUCAAUAAAAAAAUUCUGGUUUACAAUGAUGGUUAGUAAUCUAUAGAGUGAUUGCCCUUCAUCAAGAAAAGCAUUGACACAGUAAAAAAAAAAAAAGAGAUGAAUAAUGAAAAAAAGGAUAAAGCUAUGGUUGCAAAUCUUUGUACAAGAUUCCUGUCAGAUUGUUAAACAAUUUUCAGUUUCAGAGACCCUACUAAUAUCUGAUCACGCAAACCAAGAGACAAGACAUCUGGUUACUAAAUCCUAAUUCAAAGUAGUCCUUUCAAACACAACCAUUACCAUGGAUUCCACAAGCAGCAUCUCUGCUCUGACUGAAGAUAUCAUAGUUGAGCAGAUACUCCGAACACAUGAUCCAGACGGUCGCUGGAUUGAUUCCAAAACGUUGCUUCAAGAAGUAGAAGCCAUCUUGAGCUUUGUUCUGCAAAGUGAUGUUUCUAAGCCGCUUCUAACAGAGAAUUGUAUGACCGACAUUGAAGUUUUCGAAUCAAAGGAGACACUACCAUACGCUAUCUCCAGAAUCUCAGUUCAGAUGCUUUGUCCAUGCAUGGGGGAAAACGAGAUCCAUACAAGAACAAUGGUUUUGUUCGAUCUUCUGAAAGAAUACAGAUGGGAUGCAAAAGCUGUGUUAGUACUUGGAGCCCUUGCUGCAACAUAUGGAGGACUAUUGCUACCAAUUCAUCUAGGCUCUAAUGAUCCGGUCGCAGCAUCAAUUGCAACACUCAACCAGUUGCCUAUGGAGAGAACCACGUUCAGACCAUGGUUAAACCCUCUAAGCUUGCUCAUUAAAGUUCUGGUAGACGUAACCAAAUGCAUCACUGAGUUUGAAAGACUUCCAUUCAAACAAGCGAAGGUAGACAGCAACCUUGUGGGAGAAACCAUGUCUAAAAUCCGUCUGGCUACUUACUGGGUCGUCAAAAGCGCACUUGCUUGCCUGCAGCAGAUACCUUAUUUCAAGCAGCCCCAACAGGCAACAGAAUCAAGGAGAGCUGCAGGGGAACUUUCCAGUUUGGGAUAUCAGUUGCGCAACAUGCAUACCCGUCUCAGCAAGCAAGUAGAAGAAUGCAGUACACAGAUAGAGGAAACAAUCUAUCAAAGGCUUAGAAACAUUAACAGGGAGACUCAUCAAGACAACCAAGAGGUACUCCAACUACUUUUUUCUCUGCAAGAUGAUUUGCUACUUCAACAAUACUCCAGACAGAUAGCUAUAACUGACCUGAAAGAAAAGGUAAUACUGCUGCUAUUAUCAAAGCCAGAACUCUCACCCACAGAGCCAUUCCACUUCCUGCUUCAACAGCUAUACCAUCAUCCUUCCAACACCAACACCGAAAUCUUAUGGACUCCAAUACCAGCGUCCCAAAAAUGGACAGAAGAAGAGAAGCAAACCGUCAACUUCUCCUCCAACUCUCUACCAUGUAUCUCAGUAAAGCGGCCGUGGUUGAUGAGCUCCACAGUACUGAAUUUCCUAAGAACAGAAUGGCCCUACCGAGAUGGCGAGACGAUGGUGGCGGUGAUGGAUACUAACGGGAAGGUUGUGAACAUGAACGCCAUGGAUAUGGUGCUGAUCUGGGGUGGUAAAGCGUAUCCAUUUACAGCUUCCAGAGAAGAUGAGCUUUGGGAGGAAGAUCAUACAUUGUCCUUGCAGCUCAUGCUUGAUGGCAUUCAUCCUGAAUUCAACACAUGGGUGAAGGAAGGGAGAGAGAUCUGCUUACUCGGAAGCGAUGAUUCGAAUUGGGUUGAUGAAAUCAAUUCAUUAGCACGAAAGCUUCAAAAUCUAGGGUUCGAGUUUGAGCUGAUUGAUCUCAGUAAACGAACAGUAGACUCUAUGGAAGAGAGCUCAAUACAAGAGCUCUUCUGGCUCCGAUUAGAAUCCAUCAAACGAUCGAAACUCAAACGAAUCGAAUCAUCAAACCACGAUCGCGUGAUUGAAGAAGUUACGGAGCUACUUGAGUUCGAUUCCGGUGAACACAAGGGCUGGGCCGUCGUCGGAAACGGAUCAACGGCGGAGACGGAGAAGAUCGUGGGAGAGAAGCUGACGGAGAGGAUGAGGCGGAUCGUGCGGUGGGGAGAGCACGCGGCGGGGAUGGGUUUCGCGGAGGCGAUUCGAAUCGCGGAGGAGGAGGAGCCGUGCGAAGAGAGUCACACGGUGGUGGUUCCGUUUGAGGAAGGUUUGAGAGUUGUCACGUGCGAGAAAUGCAAAAGGCCCAUGAAGAAGUUUGUUGCCUAUCAGUAAGUAACUCACAGGCCCGUUGCUUUAACACUCUAAUAUGGCCCGUGAUAAUCUCUAAUCCGUUGCUUCGUUUCCAACGAAUAAAGAUUUCUAAUCUCUUUGUUUUUUUGCUAUCCAAUAAUAUGAUUUGGAAUUUUAAUACAGAUCAUCAAUUCAAACGUUUGAUUUGGAGUAAUGAUUGUGAAGAAUGUCUAUUGUGUUGUGUUCUGUUAUUGAAUAUGAAUUGUAUUGCUUGUA